AUGAAGGCAACCGACCAGGAAGAAGCACUGGCGCCCCCUUCCUCGGGGGCCCUCGCGGCACAACGCCCCGUUUCCUCGGCGCCGGAGUGGAAUACCCGACAUCUGCCUUGGCGGCUGGCUGCCGAUGCUGCCGGAGGCGUGUGCGCCGGCGCUCUCGUCGCGCCCGUCAUUUCCAUCAUCGACCGAUCCAUCAUGGAAAACGCCUCUGGGCGCAGCUCGCUCCUCGACUCGAUACGGUCCUCGGUCCGAAACCUGAUGCGCCACCCCCGGACGUCGCUCUUGUCGCGGCCCUGCGCGCUCAUCUUCGUGCUCUACGGCGGCACCUUCCUGACCGCCAACGCGCUCGAUACCGCACUCUCCACCGUCGCCAACCAGGACCCCGCGGCCGUCUCCUCCGGCGCAGGCAAGUUCGUCGCCUCGUCCGCCUCCAACAUCGGCCUGUGCAUGUACAAGGACCGCUCCUUCGUGCGCAUGUUCGGCCCCGUCGGCUCCGUCCCGCGCCCCGUCCCGCUGCCCUCGUACGCAUUCUUCACCCUGCGCGACUGCCUGACCAUUCUGGCUUCCUUCAACCUGCCGCCGCUCCUGGCGCCCUACAUAGACGCUCGCCUGUCGGCCGACAUCAAGGCCCGUCUCUCGGGCCACUCGGCUGCGCAGUUCGCGGCCCCCGCCGCCGUGCAGUUCUUCUCUACUCCGCUGCACCUGCUCGGCCUGGAUCUCUACAACCGCCCGGGGCAGGCGCCCGCUGUGCCCUGGCGCGAUCGGCUCGCCCUCGUCCGCUCCAACUGGCUCGUCAGCUCGGUCGCGCGAAUAUGCCGCAUCGUCCCGGCUUUCGGUGUCGGAGGCGUGGUCAACACGAAAGUGAGGCGGGAUUUGAUGGUCAAGCUGCGCUAG